AUGCCGCCGAAAAGCGAGGCCACGAUGGCAGAAGCUAAGCCAAGUGGUCAAAAAGUGCAUACCAGUGAGCAGCCUGUUACGCUGGGUAACUGGUAUCAGCAUGUCAACUGGGUUAAUACAACCCUUAUCUUGAUUGUACCCGUUCUCGGCUGCAUUACUGCUUUCUAUACUCAACUACGAGUCCCAACAGCCAUCUGGGCAGUUGUCUACUACUUCUGGACUGGGUUGGGUAUUACUGCAGGCUAUCAUCGGCUUUGGGCACAUCGUUCAUACGAAGCAAGUCUGCCGUUGAAAAUCUUCCUUGCCUGUGCCGGGGGUGGUGCUAUACAAGGCUCCAUCCGCUGGUGGAGCAGCAAACACCGGGCCCACCAUCGAUGGACCGAUACAAACAAGGACCCUUAUAGUGUCCACAAGGGUAUUUGGUACUCUCAUUUCAUGUGGAUGGUCUUGAAGCAAAAUCCCAAGGACAAAGGUCGUACAGAUAUCUCAGACCUCAACCAAGAUCCCUUAGUUGUCUGGCAGCAUAAGCACUACGGAUUUUUCAUUCUUGCAUUUGGAAUGCUGUUUCCGAUGGUGGUAGCUGGCCUGGGCUGGGGUGAUUGGAAAGGUGGUCUGAUAUACGCAGGGAUCUUGAGAUGGCUGUUCGUGCAGCAGGCGACCUUUUGUGUCAAUUCUCUGGCUCAUUGGCUGGGGGAACAGCCUUUCGACGACAGAAACUCCCCCCGAGACCAUGUUGUCACCGCUUUGGUGACACUGGGCGAGGGUUAUCACAAUUUCCACCAUGAAUUUCCAUCGGACUAUCGCAAUGCCAUCGAAUGGUGGCAAUAUGACCCGACCAAGUGGUCAAUUUGGGUAUGGAAGCAGCUGGGUCUCGCCUCCAACCUCAAGCAAUUCCGUGCCAACGAGAUUGAGAAGGGCCGCGUUCAGCAAUUGCAGAAGAAGGUGGACCAACAACGAGCCAAACUCGACUGGGGAAUCCCCUUGGAGCAACUGCCAGUUUUCUCCUGGGAUGAUUUUGUGAACGAUGCUCGAAGUGGAAAGGCCCUUGUUGUCAUUUCUGGUGUGAUUCACGACGUGACCAACUUUAUUAAUGAACAUCCUGGUGGCAAGGUGCUCAUCAGCUCUGGCAUAGGGAAGGAUGUGACGGCGCUGUUCAACGGUGGAGUGUAUAAUCACUCUAACGCAGCGCACAAUCUUCUCUCUUCCAUGCGUGUCGGUGUUGUCCGUGGUGGUGGUGAAGUUGAGAUUUGGCGGCAAGGACAUCCCGAGAAACUUGCGCCUGUCGGAGCCGCGCGAAGUUGGCCGACUUGCUGA